AGGGUGCGCAAAGCAGAACGGUUAGUCCGGACCUGCCUUGGUGACCCCAUGGCAUCCCCUAGAACCGUAACCGUCGUGGCCCUCUCAGUGGCCCUGGGACUCUUCUUUGUUUUCAUGGGGACUAUCAAGUUGACCCCCAGGCUCAGCAAGGAUGCCUACAGUGAGAUGAAACGUGCUUACAAGAGCUAUGUGCGAGCCCUCCCUCUGCUGAAGAAAAUGGGGAUCAAUUCCAUUCUCCUCCGCAAAAGCAUUGGUGCUCUUGAGGUGGCCUGUGGCAUUGUCAUGACUCUUGUGCCUGGGCGUCCCAAAGAUGUGGCCAACUUUUUCCUCCUCUUGCUGGUGUUGGCGGUCCUCUUCUUCCACCAGUUAGUCGGUGAUCCUCUCAAACGCUACGCCCAUGCCCUGGUGUUUGGAAUCCUGCUCACCUGCCGCCUGCUGAUUGCCCGCAAGCCUGAAGACCGGUCUUCUGAGAAGAAAUCCUCACCACCAGGGAAUGCGGGGAGUGACGGCAAUGCCGGGAAUACCGAGGAGCAGCCAUCCUUAUAUGAGAAGGCCCCUCAGGGCAAAAUGAAAUUGUCGUAGGAGAGCAGAAGUGCAAAAAAUGGACCUUCCAGGCAGUUGCCUCCAUGACACCCAGGAAGAUGUCAGUGUGUGUUUUUCAUUUGAUUUAUUUAUCUUGGGGGAAAGGGACACAUAUAACCUGCAAGUUGAUGGUCCUAUUGGCUUGUGUACACCUAUACCCUAAAAUGACCUCCCCACAUAGACGUGUGUGCACCACCUUUAAUCACUCUGGGGCAACUCUCACAUCUUGCUGCAUGUACAUGUAUAUGGCUAACUAUUGAAGUGUAUUUGUGAGAUGGAUUCCAGCAAGCA